GCCGGGCGCCGUGAGUCAGUGCCCAGUAAACAUUGGCGUGAGCCGCGCCGGCGCCGCGAUGGUGGCGGGGCCGUGAGGGGGGGGCGGGGGGCGGCGGGCGCCGCCGGGCCGGGACCAUGGACGAGCUCAAGCACCAGGUGAUGAUCAACCAGUUCGUGCUGACGGCGGGCUGCGCCGCCGACCAGGCCAAGCAGCUCCUCCAGGCGGCCCACUGGCAGUUCGAGACUGCUCUCAGUGCUUUUUUCCAAGAAACAAACAUCCCCUACAGCCACCACCAUCAGAUGAUGUGCACUCCUGCCAACACGCCGGCCACGCCGCCCAACUUCCCCGACGCCCUCACCAUGUUCUCCCGCCUCAAGGCCUCCGAGAGCUUCAACAGCAGCAGCCCCGUGGCCUCCAUGGCGACUUCACCGCCACCGCCAGCCCCGCCACUGCCCCAGCACGGGGCCUUCAAUCCUGCCUGGCCUGCGGCCUCCCCCCCCGGGCAGCAGCAGAGCAUGUGGACUCCGGCCCCCCCAGCACAGCCCGCGGGCUGGCCUGCCGCCGUCUCCCAGCAGGCCACGGCAGAACAGAAGGCCAACGUGACCAUGGAGGCAGAGAGAUGAGGCCACGGCGGAGAGCGAACACGGCGGGGACCCCUGCAUACAUACAUAUAUAUAUAUAUUUUUUUCUCCUCGUCCCCGAAGAGGAGAGGAACUUUACUGCCAGCGCGUCUGGCAGCCACAGAGACACACAAGCAAAUAGCUGCCUUGCAUGGGUUUGGUUUGAAGUAGUUUUUACUUGUCCUAGAGCUGAACAGAGCUCCCCAGAGACAGUGGGAGGCUGCGUGGGACGCGAGACUGGUGCUGGCCUCUGCCUGGGACCCUGCUGUCAUGGGGAGGGAGCUCCCCUCUCCUCUCUUGGGAUGCCGGAGUUUGCAUGCGAGUGACGUUGACGGAGGAGGUCCCUUUUUUCACGGUCCCCCUCCCUGCCCGCGCAGGCUGGGCCGCCCUGCCGCGCGGAGCGGAUCGCGCCCAAGCGCGUCUGCCCCCUCCUUGGCCCCGCGCAGCCGGGCCCGGGACGGACACCCCACGUGUUUUGUUUUUUGUAACGGGGGGAAGAAGAGAGCAAGCGUCGUUUCCGCUCAGCCGUGGCCUCCGCCCUGCGCGCGCUGCGCUCGCCUCGCCGGUGAGCGGGGCUGGGGGCCGCCGACUCCGGGGGCGGUGCAGAGCCUCUCGGUUUCUGUGGACCUGGCUCACCCCGCAGGGAGGCCCUCGUCAUGGGGCGCGGGGGCCGCCGGACGGGGUGAGCCGCGAGCAGCCCGGCUGAGCUAGCGCACCGUACCCUCGCCCUCCUGGGACAGGGCGUUCGCCCGGGGGCUGUUUGCAUGACAGUGUAAACCUAAAGACUGGGCUCGUUUUUAACCCUUCUGCUCUUUUCUCCUGGUGGCUGAAAGUCUACCCAGACGCGCCGCAGCCGCUUGCAAUACACGCUCUUCUGCUUUGAA